UGUGAGGCAACAGUUAAGCUGUCAAAAAUCAAACUUAAAAAUGCGAUUUUGGUGUAUUUGUACACAUUUUUGACACCCCGAAGGAUCGUCGAUCACAAGGAAUGAAUAUAUCGCACACCAUCUUAAUCAUCCCCAUAUACCACUCAUUUCGUGUUUCAUCAAAGGUCGAGUUUGUUUGAAUAAGGAUGGAGAGGUUUGAGGUUUAUAUCUUUACAGCUCUGUGCAGCGUUAACUUUCUCAUUUCAUGCCUGCUGUUCUCCAAAAUCACACGGGAACAGAGAGACCCGUACAUGGAUGAAAUAUUCCACGUCCCUCAGGCACAGAAAUACUGUGAGGGGAAGUUUACUGAGUGGGACCCAAUGAUCACCACUCUCCCUGGGCUGUAUUUAGCAUCAGUGGGUCUGAUAAGGCCGGUCGUCUGGCUGGCAGAUCUGAAGGGCAGAGUGGUCUGUUCGACUGCCAUGCUGAGGUUCAUCAAUCUGCUCUUUAAUAGCGGGAAUCUGUACAUUCUCUAUCUGAUCAUCUGCAAGCUGCACAUGAAAGAUAAGUCUCGCUCUGCCAGUCGUAGAAUGUUCUCCGCUCUGGUUCUCUCCACGUUCCCUGUGCUCUACUUCUUCACAUUCCUCUAUUACACUGACUCUGGCUCCACGUUCUUCACCCUCUUCAUGUACCUCAUGGCUCUGUACGGAUGCCAUAAAGUUGCUGCGCUUCUGGGCGUCUGUGCUGUGCUUUUUCGUCAGACCAACAUCAUCUGGGUGGCGUUUUGUGCUGGUAUGGUCGUGGCUCAAAAAUUAGACGAGACCUGGAGGAUUGACCAAUCGAAGAAGAGAGAUGAAAAAUUACCUUCUCAGGUCCCUCUAACCGUCACUGGGGUGAUCAGAGUGAUGCGUUUUCUGUUGGAUUUCCUCAAAUCUCCAAAUAAUAUAAAAGCUGUGGUCUCGUCAACAUGGCCAUACAUCGCCGUAGCCAUUGGCUUUGUGUUUUUUCUGGUGUUGAAUGAAGGGAUUGUUAUUGGUGAUCGUAGCAGUCACGAAGCUUGCCUGAACUUUCCUCAGUUUUUCUAUUUCCUGUCAUUUACGCUGAUUUUUUCGCUUUCUACCUCGCUGAGCUACCAAAGAGCGGUCCGAUUUUUACAGUCUUUAAAAAAACAGCCUUUAGUUUAUUCGUUUCUGAUGCUGACCUUUCUGUUUUUGAUUUGGAAAUUCACAUUCGUUCAUAAAUACUUGCUUGCGGACAACCGACACUUUCCAUUUUAUGUUUGGAAAAACAUUUUCCGGAGACACGACGCUGUCCGUUACCUUUUAGUUCCUGGAUACGUGUUCGCCACGUGGAACUUUCUGGAUACCUUGAGGUCCAAGUCUUUGUUUUGGUGUCUGGCCUUUUGCGCUUGUCUAGUGGCAGCUACCGUUCCUCAGAAACUGCUGGAGUUUCGAUAUUUUAUCAUUCCCUAUCUGUUAUAUCGUGUUAAUAUCCCUGUGCCAUCUUUACCAAGACUGUUUCUUGAGUUUAGUCUCUAUACCAUGGUAAACGCAGCUACUGUGUACAUAUUCAUCUACAAAACCUUUCAGUGGCCUAACAAUACGGCUGUGCAGAGAUUCAUGUGGUGACAGGAAUAAUAAAUUCCUUGUGCUUUCAUUUUAUAUCAACAACCACCGUAAACAAAAUGGUUAGUUGACUUUACUUAAUAAAUGAGUAAACCUGUUGCUUUUAAAAUGAUCUGUUGACUUUACUUAAAAUAAGUGAGUAAACACAUUGCCAAGUAAACAAGUAAAGAAUUAGGUGCUUGAUUAUAAAAAUUAUGAUUUAAAUCAAUUCAACAGUUCCAAAUUACAAUAGGUCAACUUGUCGCUUUUAAGGCAGCAGGUUUACUAGUUUUUUAUAAGUAAAGUAAAUAAUCACUUUUUUACAGUGAAGGAGUGAUGGUUUCACAAUUUAUCAGUAAUUUCAAAAAUGUGUUAUAUUUAAAAAUAUAAUGCAACAAUCUUGCAGUACUGCUGAGCCAUAUUCCAGCAUUGAUUUGCUGUUGAUAUUAAGUUACUUUUGUUUGUUUUGUUUAAACCAUUUGUGUCAUUAUGUGUAAUUAUGGGUAUUUCGGAGUUUUAGUUUUAGUUAUGUAUGUAUCCAAAAGUAUAGAUCACUUAAAUCAGUGUUUCUCAACCACGUUCUUGGAGCACCACUAGCACUGCAUAUUUUGGAUGUCUCAUCUGUCUACAUCGGUCACAGGUUUUUUUAGUCUCUGCUAAUGAGCUGAUGAUCUGAAUCAGGUGUGUUUGGUUAAGGAGACACGGAAAAUGUGCAAAGCUGGUGGCCCUCCAGGAACGUGGUUGGAAAACACCGAUUUAAAUGAUUAGUUUCUCUGGAUUUUUUCAAAUUUAUGUGUUUGAGUAAAAUGUUAUUUUAGAUUAAUUCUGUAAAUGUUUUAUGGCAUUUCUUUCAAAUUUAAAAAAAAAAGUUUAUUUAGGCUAGAGCAUUUGCCUUAUUGCGUAAAAUAAUAUAAAUUGAGCUACUGAUUCAGACUAAAGUACAAAACUGGCUUGGUUCCCUUUCAAAAGGUUCAUUUUUGUACAUAAUUAGGAACCAAAUGGCCAAUGUUAUAUUUUAAAGGUACAGAUGUGUACAUAAAAAGUACUGCCUAAGUAACAUGUAUAUGUUUUCCCAUGUCUAUUAUUUUUUUGACACAUCAAUACCAAUGUUUUAAUUUUAAAAGAGUUUAAAAAAGUGUAUAUUUGGUGGAAUAGCCCUGAUAUUCAAUAAAAACAAUUGUUAUUCUGACCAACUGUCAUUUUUGGUGAGAAAAAAAAAUAACAUGCUCUGAAUGACUGUGUUUGUAUUGGAAAUUUGGAAGAAAUGUUAUCAGACAUUUAGAAUUAAAAUAAAUAUUCAUAUUUUGCUUAAACUCACACCAAAUAAAUUUUGACUAGUCAUCUAAUUAUUAUUAUUAUUAUUAUUAUUAUUAUUAUUAUUAUUAUUAUUAUAUCAAUUUUUGUAAUAGCUGAAUAUUAAGCUGACAUUUAAUUAGUAUUAUUGAAGCCAUUCCUCUCGCCAGCCCAAUGAGAAUUAAUUUAUUUUCAAAUUUUUUGCCUAAUAUGAAGUACAAGCCUCAGUUAUUCCUCAGUUAUUCCAGUUGUGUAUUAAAUUCUAUUUCAUUAAAUUAGGAUAAUUGUUGUGUAAUUUUAUACAUUUAGUUUUGUUUUGCCUCUUUUUUUUAUGGUCAAUAUCAGGUUUAAUGAUGUUCAAUAUUAAUUUCUCAUUGUAACUGGUUUUUGUCUGUGUUUUUUCAAAUUUGUGUUAGUCUUUCAUUCUUUGCUUGAGUAUUGAAUUUGUUUUGAUACAUAAUUAUGAUUGGAUAUAUUUAUUAUU